UCCUACAUCAAUUAAAACGAACUUAUUCAAACAAGUGCUCAUCUGUUCAAUAAAAUUAAAUUCGCAAUGUAUAUUAAAAUCGCAAUCGUAACGUUUUGCCUAAUUUUAAAAAUAGAAGGAGGUGCAACGGUCCAGCGUUACAAUGUAAAGGAUUUUUUGUCUUCUCGUAUAGUGGGGGGAAUAGAAGCCCCUCCUACCCACGUCAAGCACAUGGUUGCCCUGGUGUUUGGUGAAAGAUUUAAAUGGUUGACUUGUGGUGGAUCUAUUAUUACGCAAAGACACGUUCUGACUGCCGCCCAUUGUGUUGAGCCUUACAUCGAUCCUCGGAGCCCAACAGGACUUAAUCCGUCAUUACGAGGUUCGGUUGGUUCAAAGUACUGGGUUUCUACUAAGCACAUGAUCGAAUUUCAAGGAUUCGUCAACCAUCCAAAUUGGAAUUCAUUUACGAUUAAAAAUGAUAUUGGUAUACUGAUAACAAACAGAAAGAUACAGUACAAUGAUGUCAUCCAACCCGUUGCGUUGAAUUUAAAGUUUAUAGACCGUUCAGUGACAACUUUUGUCACUGGUUGGGGUGAUUUGGAGGUGUUUGGGCAGACACCAGAUCGUCUACAGAUGUUAAUUACCAGUACUAUAACAUCUCGGCAGUGUGUGGCAUCCGUGAAGAAUUACACCAGCGCCACAGGAGUAGCUGCACCUCCUUAUGAUCCCAAAACUGAGAUUUGCACCUUACUUUCUAAGGGUCAUGGGAUGUGUCAUGGAGAUUCUGGCAGUGCUUUGAUGACCUACUAUGGACUUCGCUAUCAAAUUGGUAUUGUGUCAUGGGGUUUCCCGUGCGCACGUGGCGCUCCCGACUUUUUUACAAGAGUUAGCGCAUUCGCUGACUUUAUUUACGAUGUUGUGAGGCCAUUUUCACUGCGAAUUCAAUAAGAUACUGCAUCGACUUAAGAUAAACACAAUUUGUUGCUUUGUUAUAAACAUUAAGUGUUCGGUCAAAAAAUUACGUUAAUAAAAGUCUUUAUUUUAAAAA